GUGACUCUGGCACGACCUUGGCUAUCGUGUACACACUCGUCCGUCGUGAUGGCGAAGGAAAGAGGGGGGAGGAAGGCGGCGUUUGUGUUAGAGGACUAGCAAAGAAGAAGUAGAAGAAGAAGAGAGAAAAUGAGCAUGAAAAAAGAACCUCGGGCGUGUUCUAAACCUCGCUCUCAGCACAUAUAUACCCGUCGAAUGUGUGUGUGUGUAGUUACUGGUCACACAUAAAACUCAAGGUGAAUAAUGUUGCAAUAGCACAAAUAACUGGCAGUUCUUUUUUAACUCUCAGUGUCUCAGAAAAUUCCCGACCGAUGGUGGUGGGCAAUGGCCGACGUGAGUUAUGUAGUUUCUCAACUCCCAGUGAUGAUCAUCUCAAAAUCUAUUCGCAUAUAAAUGUAGUAUACUAUAGAUAUCUCUCCCCCCGCAUUUCAAAGAUUACAAUCUUCUUGACAUUUCUUUUUAAAAAGAGAGAGAAAAAAAGAAAUGCAGUUAUGAACGGUUGACUGGACACGGUCACGUUGACUCGGUCCCCUCCCUCCCUACUCCCCCCCAUUGGAAAUGGUCGGGGGCACACACAGGGAAAAAGCUGCCGCGGGCCGCUCGGGCUCUGGUGAUCAUCGGUUACGACCGAAAAAAGAAACGAAAGAAGAAGAAGAAGGUUAGAAUAUAGUGUGGUAAGAAAGAAGAAGGGAAGAAGAGGAAUGAAGAAAAACGGGCCGGAUGACCGAGGGGGGUUAUUUCGAAACGGGGCUCAGGUAAAAACUCAUAAAAUAAAAUAAAGGUCCAUGCACACAUUUCUCAAAAAAGUCUCCCCCCUCUUAACAGCCCCGAGGUGUACCACCUCACCCGAAAAUAAGUUGAAAUCGUUUUGUCGUCUGUAAUAAAAUCAGGAAAGCCACCCCCCUUCAAUAAGGAGAGAGUUGUAUGCACGCUAAUCGAUGGUCAAUAAAAAUGUUUAAAAAACACAAAAUGGCGGUCGUGAUUAUCUAUCCAUUUUAGGGUGGGAUAAAAUUGAAGAAAAAUCUAUGUUUCAAUUUCAUCAAAACGAAAAUGUAGUAUAAGAAGUAAAACGAUGAACUUUGCUUUCAAUCUAUAUAACGCCCACUACUACCCCCCGCCCGCCACCCGUUUUUCGGUGUGGGGCUUUGGUCGCUUUUUACUGUGACGUAGUAGUAGGACGCGCGCGGCCAUUAUUGAUUUUACCUGAGCCCCUCUCGGCUCUCGGCUUUUUUUUCAACGUUCAAAUAGGAGAAAAAAAUUCGGGAGCGUCGGCAGCAGCGGCCUAAAAGUCUGACGCUCUCGUUAGAAAACGAACCUAAAUGAGAGAGCGAUGGGCGUGGCCUUUUUUAGGAUAUGGCCGUUUCCUGUUUCCGUUUUUUUUCAUCCGUCAUCUUCAUCAUCCAUCCAUCCAUCGCGAAAGGGACCCCGCGUAAUAAGUUGCACAGGGGUAGGGGGGGGAGGCUAGCUGCGGUCGGCGGAUGGAGUGGGAGGAGCCUACAUAUUCAUCUAACAGAUUUUCUUCUUAUUUCCAACAGCCACUUGAAGGAGUGAGCUGCUGUUUCAAGUGCGUAGUUUUCAAGAGGUUCUUUUUCUUACUCCGGAACCGAACGAUGGAUGCGCUCCAAAGUUUUUAUUUGUUUCGAUUUUCGAUGGGGCCGGGCGAUGAUUAUUAAUAAAUUUUCGAUUCGUAGUAGAGACGACGAGAUGGUGGUGAGAAAUAAUUAAGCGACGCCGAGUUGCCAAUUUGAACCGCUAGGCGCCGUGGCGCUACUGGGCAAUCCCCCCCUCACCAACUCCACGAUCCGAAAAGUUCCCCGGAGGAGCAACUGAAUCUGUUAUCGAGCGGCCAGGGCAGCAGCAGCAGCAGUAGUCCACCGAGCUCUUCUCUCUGUUCCUCCUCUCUUCCGUCUGAUUCUUCCGACUCGAUUCACUUCUCUCUCUCUUUCUCUCCUCCUCCUCCUCCUCUUCUUCCGUCUUUGGUGGCGUCGUGACGUCAUUACAUCAAUAACUGCCGGCUCCUGCUGCUACCUCUCAAACCCUACACCAGGCGGCCAUAGCUCCAACAGGGACUUUCGCUCCGUUCCGUCCAUCUUCCAGCCCGAGCCCAGCGUCGUCGUUCAAUUCCAGCCGACACCACACGCAACAAAGAGCCAUGGGUGCGUCUCUCAAGGCCAGCAGCUACUACACCGCAGCAGUGUCGUCCUUGGUGGCCUUAUGGCUGAUCCUGAUCGUUAUCGCCCCAACAGCCGAGGGGAGCAUCAGUUGCUACACGUGCUCAUCUCGCAAUGGCACCGACAUGAGCUGCGAAGAUCCUUUCCAUCCGGCCAUGUCCGAUUACAAAAUCGGUUGCAUGGUGCCCAAAGAAGGUCACGUGGGCAAAUUUCCGGCCAAUUUCUGCGUUAAAGUUGUCGGCACAGUCUAUGGCACCAGGGAGAAGCUAGUCAUCCGAACCUGUACCCUGGAAAACAUGGAGAACCAGUGCGGAGAAUUCAAAUACGAACACGAAAGUCUGGCCGGAUGCAUUCUGACUUGCCAGAGCGACGGAUGCAAUGCGGCAACCAAAAACCUGAUGCUGCCCAGUUUCGCCACCGCUUCCUCAUUCUUCCUCAUCUACAGCGCAAUAACUCUACUAGUCAACGCGUCACCAUCAGCAUCAGUCUGAUGAUGAACCGGAAAAACAAUUUCCUAAAUGAAAAAUUCAACGUACAAUUUUUAAAUAAUUCAAGUCGAAAAUUUGUUUUCUUCCGUCGUCAUUUCUUUGUGGGGUUUUUCUCGAUCCGAAAAAAUAAUCCUUUUUCCAUUGUAUUUAAUAUUAAUUGUAAACAAAAUGAAAGUAAAUGAAAAAGUGUUUCACCGCUUUCGAUUGGUUAAUUCUAAUAAACUUGUUCGAUCCA